AUGACAAAAUUAUCUGGAAUUUUCUCUACAAUAUAUGAUAUUGUUGACCGGUUGAAAAAAACUGGAAAAGUUGAGCAUUUACCUUAUCCUGGUUGUCCCCUUAUUCUUACUCCCAAUAAAUGUCGAUAUCUUGGUCAUCUCCUCCAAGUUAAUAAUGCAACAACUCUAGCUUUAAUGACAACAAACCUGAAUAAUAUGUAUCCAGACCUUAAUGUGUCAACUCGGACUAUUCAAC